AUGAGCACCACUAACAAGCCUACUCCGGGGGAGUCACCCCGUCCGCAGUCUAAAGGAACUGGUUCUGCGUUGAUGGCCGGCAGUCUUGUCAAGCCCCCAUACAAUCCUUACGCCUGGUUCGAAGGGGACAACCUGAGCCCUACCCAAGCAGCUCUGCGCAUGUCGAACGAGCAUCUUGAACGCCGUCUCAUCAAGCUGCAGGUUAACUCGGCCCGUCUUCAGCGAGAGCUCUUGCUCCUCCAGCAGCACAUCAAGGAAUUCCAUCACCCACUGUUCGAAACCUGGGAGGCAGACAUUUUGACUCGUUUCAUCGAGGUUGCCCACGCUUAUCAGGCCCGGAAGUUAGCGACAGGAGUCUCUAUUGGCGAGGACAAUGUUGCUGAACGUGAGUGUAUCUCACGCGGGUAUGUCAAUGCCGCGAAGCAUGUUGAGGAAGAGACCGUGGAAAGACUUGGUCUCUCGGAGAAAUACCAUCAGGCGCUCCUCCGAUACGAAGAGGUCGCGGCCUAUCGAAGCCCGAACCCAUUCCAAACUGAGACGCCCUUUGCGAGAUGGCUGAUCGAGGAGAAGGAGAAUCGACCGGAAAAGUACGCCUUCUGGUCGAAGCUCUACCCCGUCUGCUAUGGUCGCUCGGUCGAAAGGAGCGCUUCCAUGUUUUAA